AUGAUACUAAUACAAAAUAUGUAUACAAAUACACACAUAAUACACACCAUAUAUAAGAUAUCAAUCACGAUACGUUUUAACAUACUACGAACGUAUACAGUUGUGAAACAAACAAGUCGUGUAAACAAAUCACCUAAACGAUUAACGUGCAGUAAAUGCGAAGAUGAAAUCUUGGAAACUCGAGUUGUCACAGAGACAGAGAAAGAGAAAUUGUUGAGGAAGAGAAAGAGGCAGGAAAAGGAGGAUGCUCCCUAUGUCCCAUCACCACAACACGUUUCUGAAUCACAAUCGCCUCCUUCAGGUGGUAGAAAGAAAGCAGGAGCAAGGAAAAGGAUUGUAUCUCCGAAGAUCAAGAAAGUUACUUCGAAGAUCACUAAGCCAAAGAUUGUUCUGAAGAAGAAACCGUCCAAAGAACCAAGCAAACCACCAACACCACCACCUGAAUCUACACCACACCAAUCACCAAUUCAAUCACCACCACAUCAAACACCUCCACGACAACCAACACCUCAAAGACAACCUUCACCAUUUCAACUCACACCACCUCAUUCUCCGCAACAAAUACAUACCAUUACACCCUCACAAGAAACAGCCUUACUUACAUCCCAAGAAAUAUUCAAAACACCACCACCCACUCAAAUACCAGUUCAAUUAACUCCUGGUUCUUCUGGACACAAGACUUUUCCAACCGUUCCAGAAAAUCUUCAAGAUAUCGCUGACUUCGGAUUUGCGAAUGAUGAACAGGUGAAGAAGUUACAGAAGAAGAUGGAUGAUGUGUUGAAUGAAAACAAAAGAUUAGCAGCUGAGAACAAGAAAGUGGCUGAUCGUGAAAAAAUUCUCGAAAUGCGUGUGAAGAGACUAGAAUCUGAUAACAAGGCACUACUAAAGAAGAUUGACACUGAUCAAACAGAGAUUGAUUUCUUGAAAGUGAGAGUUGCUGAAUUAGAAGAAGAUAAAACUCGGCGAGAUGAACAAAACAAGUAUUUUGAAUUAAAGAACAGGGAAUUUGAAGCGGCGAAAGCGCUCAGAGAGCAUGAGUUCUACAUGUUGAAUAAAGUAGUUGAGAACAUGCUUGGAAAGUCUAUCGAGCAGAAAUUUGAAGAAAUUCAAGUAGAAGAUCUUAGAACAAAACGUGAAGCUGAACUCGAUGCACAAAUGAAAGAUAAAGGCAAAGGUGUUGAAAGUAGUUUUGCAGUGGAAGAAAGAUCAAUUGUUCCUUCCUUAGUUGUUGAGAAUCUUGUACCAUUGUCUGCUAUAUAUGCGGUUUUCGAUGAGGAUGUGUUACUUGAAGAUGAUCCUGUUGAAGGUGACGACGUAGAUGACGAAGAUGACGAUGAUGACGAAGAAGAUGACGAUGACGAAAAAGUCUUUUCUGCUAGUAGUCAUGGAUCUGGUGAUGACAAUAACGACGAUGAUAAUUAG